AUAUCAAUUAUAUAUACAUAUAUCCCUUGAGGAAAAAUGGCGUCCUCUCCCUUGAACCCAAAAUCCCAUUCUCAUGGCCGCUCAAGUAGCUUGCCCUCUAGAUCACACCCUCUCAUUCUAGAAUGCAAUGAGCACUUGGACAGCUUAAGGGCUUCCAAAGCAGCCACCUUUUCCUCAUUGUUUCUUUGCCAAAACAUAAAAUGCUUGCAAGAUCUGAUAGAGUGUGUUGAAAAAUUGACCCAUCUUCCCCUCACGCAAGAUGUCCUUCUCCACGAGCGUGAAGAGAAUUGGGUAGAUGAGGUUUUAGAUGGAUCCUUAAGGCUCUUAGAUGUGUGUAGUGCCGCCAAAGAUGCUUUACUGCACACAAAAGAAUGCACACGUGAGCUUCAUUCCAUCAUAAGAAGGAAGAGGGGUGGUGAAGCAAAGUUGGCAGCAGAAGCUAAGAAAUUCUUGACAUCUAGAAAGGUGGUGAAAAAGGCCAUCUCCAAAGCCUUGGCAAAUUUGAACGGCACUUCAAAGACUUGCAACAUCUCAUCCACAUCAGACAAAGACCACCAAACAGUGUCUUUGAUUACCUUAUUACAAGACACAGAAGUGGCAACACUAUCAACGUUUCAGACACUGUUGCAAUAUAUCUCAGGGUCAACACAAGCAAAGUCAAACAGCUGGCUUUCAAUUUCGAAGCUAAUUCAGCCAAAGAGAGUGGGUUGCUCGCAAGUGGCAGAUGAAAAUGAAUUUGCACAAGUGGAUGCAGCAUUGCACUCCUUCGUAUUUGCCAAGACAUCCAAAUUUGAAGAAACAAACAAUCUGCAAAGCCACUUGGAGAAAAUGGAGUCGUGCAUUCAAGACUUUGAAGAAGGACUCGAGUUUUUAUUUAGGCGACUUAUCAAAAUAAGAGUCUCCCUUCUUAAUGUCCUUAACCAAUAGACCAACUUACCUGGGACUGGAUUUUUGUACUCAUCCACACAGUUACAUUUGUACAUUCAAAUCAUACAUGUAUAUGCCUACUGAUAUAAUGAACUGAAAAUCUUUCUGAAAUUUUGUUGUUAUCUCUU